AUGUCUCACGGACCUCCUCCGCCUCACGGCGCCCCUCACCACAACAACUUCAACAACUUCUACGGUUUCAAUCUCGAUAUCGGUUGUCUCCCUGACAUGACAGGUGGCCAGGUCAAUAAUACCCAUACCCUCCCCUGCGAUGCUAUGGGAGCUGGUGGUCAGGAUAACGAUCUUAUGUCAAUGCUCGAUAAUAAUAUGCUUGGCGGUAUUGUGGACGACGUUUCCAUGGGUCUCGAUUCCGCUGAUGACUCCAACAUGAACGGCUCCUUUGGUAAUGGUCAAACAUCUACAGAAGAGUCGGUUGCGAGAGCCGAAAAUCAAUUCAACACUGCCGCCAACAACGUGCCUGGCGCAGGGCCCCUCCCAGCUGGCGCGUUCGCACAGAUGAAUCUCGCUGGUGCCAGCACCCUCACUGAAUUCACCAAGCGAAGAAACUGGCCCGCCAAAGUUGUGGAGGAAUUGAGAGAUUUUUUGCAAAUUCUUGAUGCCAAUGGUCGCAUCAAAUACGCGUCACCGAGUAUUCUACAGGUCACCGGAUAUAGUGUGGAUGAGAUUCAAGAUGUUUUUCUUAAGGAUCUGAUCCACCCAGACGACCAAGGUGUUUUUGUCGCAGAACUCAACGAAUCCAUCGCGUCUGGCAACCCGCUACGACUUUUCUACCGUUUCAAGAAGAAGGAUGCCGAAUAUGCGAUUUUUGAGACCGUCGGCCACGCUCAUAUUGCUGGCGCCAAAUUCGCUCCGAACCCCAACAAUCAAUCGCCCUUCUGCCAAGCUGUGUUUAUGAUGGCGCGUCCGUACCCGACAAAAAAUGCUGGACUUUUGGACUCCUUUCUCGAGCACAAGAUUGAAAACGAACGAUUGAAACGACGCAUCGCCGAACUUCGCCGCGAAGAGGAGGCCGAGAAUGACGAGGCGCAGAAACAAUGGAUGCAGAGCCAGGAGGGCCGAUCGGACAUGACGCCCUCUGAAGGAACAGGUGUAUCGUCAAGCACCUUCUACCGCCCAGGUAGUGAAAGAGGGAUGAAAGAAACUGAUCGAAUGGCCCUCAACAAAGCACUCACACGCGAGAACCUCGAGGGAUCAGGCGGCAAUCGCCAAGAUUCCCUCAAAGAUAAGAUGGCACGUUAUGAAGGGGCUUCUCACACGGAUACGAUCGAGAUGCUUACGGGUUUACGAUAUAUCGAAGGCGAACGAAGCAGGGGAAUCACAACGGGUAACGCAAGCCCAACUUUAAUCAAGGGUGACGCAGGUAUUGCAAUUCCGAUGGAGCGAGACCCACGAACAGGCGACAAGAAAAAGAAGCUCAAGACUUCGGAGGAAUAUGUCUGUACUGAUUGCGGCACGUUGGAUUCUCCAGAAUGGAGAAAGGGACCCCAAGGACCCAAGACGUUGUGCAAUGCCUGUGGGCUACGAUGGGCCAAGAGGGAGAAGAAGAGGACCACCAGCCAUCCUCCGACAAUUGAUCAGUCGGUCGCCUAG